GGCCAGCUCAGUAGUGCUUAAGGAAGGAGGAGGAGGUGGCGGUGGGGCAGUGAGCGGAGGCGAAGAUGGUGCUGCUUACCAUGAUCGCCCGCGUGGCGGACGGACUGCCGCUCGCUGCCUCCAUGCAGGAGGAUGAGCAGUCCGGCCGCGACCUCCAGCAGUACCAGAGCCAGGCGAAGCAGCUGUUCCGCAAGCUGAACGAGCAGUCCCCUACGAGGUGCACUCUGGAGGCAGGAGCCAUGGCUUUCCAUUCUUCUAGCUACAUCAUUGAGAAAGGGGUGUGUUACCUGGUCCUGUGCGAAGCUGCGUUCCCGAAGAAACUGGCCUUUGCAUAUCUGGAAGACUUGCAAUCAGAAUUUGAUGAGCAGCAUGGCAAGAAGGUGCCGACGGUUUCCAGGCCCUAUUCCUUCAUUGAAUUCGACACCUACAUCCAGAAAACCAAGAAGCUCUACAUCGACAGCCGGGCGAGGAGGAACCUGGGUUCCAUCAACACAGAGCUGCAGGAUGUGCAGAGGAUUAUGGUGGCCAACAUUGAGGAAGUCUUACAGCGAGGAGAGGCACUUUCAGCUCUGGAUUCCAAGGCCAACAACUUGUCCAGUUUGUCCAAGAAGUACCGUCAGGAUGCAAAGUACCUGAACAUGCGUUCCACUUACGCCAAACUCGCGGCUGUAGCUGUGUUUUUUAUCAUGUUGAUCGUCUAUGUGAGAUUCUGGUGGCUGUGACCUGGUUACACUGAAGAGGGAAAGCUGGUAGCCUGGCAGGUGUGUGUGUGUGCAGGACACUGUUCACUGGGGAUGUGCAUUAGAAUCCACGCAGGACCAUCACCUUUAUACAAGUGUCCUGAAAAUGUUAGGUGAUGCCUGAGUUCUACACCUCUUAGUGAAUCCUAAGUGUAAAGGCUUGUUGACUACAGGCUUUUCCCCUGAGGCAGUUUGCACUAGGGUACUGUCGAGGCUGACCUCCUGCAGUUCUGCACCUCUCCAAGCAGUGAGCUUUGGGAACAGCCAAUCAGUGCAGGUUAGCAUCAUCACAUCUUACGUCCUCCUCUUGAGUAGCUCUAGUGGGAACUGGACUCUAAUGAACAUUCCUUGUGUUGGCAAUGGUUGGGUUUUUUUUUUUUUUAGGAUCUGGAUCUGCAGGUUUUUUGUUAAUAUUUUGUUUUUUAAAGAUCAGACUCCCCUGUUUGAAGGCAAAAUACUGCUCUGUACAUAUUGUGAUAGCUUUCACCUCUGUCAGCUGUUGUUGAGUUUUCUGUGUCUGACAUCUUGGCUUGUUUCAGUUGCUUUAGGAACAAAAGGAUGGUAAAUUAUGCCUUAAAUACAUUCUGUCUAGUACUAGGAGAGGCAAUGAAAGGCUUCUAUAUUACUGAUCCCUACAGAACUAAACUACAGGUUGGUAUGUGUCUACUUUUCCUCUCCUGGCAGCUGUGUGUGACAGUAUGUUUCCAUGUGAAUAAAAACAGGGUGUGUAACUCAAGUGCUGUUGGAGCGGGCGCAGUGCAAACUAUGUCAGCAUUAUGUCUAUUUUCCCUUCUCUCUGCAGAUAAACUACGUUAUUUCCUUCCUCAAUACUCUACUUUCUUUCCAAAGUGUGUUAACUGCUAGCAUUUCACCUCUGGGAUGCUUGUUUUCUUCCUCCCUCAAUGAAAACAACCAAAAAAUAAAAGCAGAACUCUGAAUGUUGUUAUGAAGAAAAGGGGGUGUUUCCUUAAAACACUUUGCCUUUACGUGAAGGAUUCAGGAGGGUAACUUAAAGACAGUGGAAUCCUUUGGAAAUGCCACCUUCUUUUUCUCCUGCACCCACCCUCUCCCUACCUCAUUUGGGAAGCUGAAAUUGUAGGUGAAGAAGCACUCAUUGUGGGCAAUGCUGCAUAGCUGCUUCUUUCUCAUGGGCCAAUCUAUAUAGUCUCAUCGUAAUGUGAUUUUACUUUUAUUCCACCUCUGCUUAGGAGUGCUGUUUCAUCCCUCAGCUUUUUUAAUUAAAAAAACAAACAACCCCAAACCACAAAACCCUGAAGCUCAGGCCUUCCCACUCUUUUCUGCACUCAAGUGUUUGUCUCUGUAAUGUGGCAGGAAGCAGGCAGUGUCACAGAAAGAAGUUUCAGGGCUCCCCAAGUGACUUUUACAAGCACGUGUUCUUAUGUAGUUCGGGAAAUACAAAGUGGGACCUGGAAAUGUUUUCUGCCUCUGGGUAGGGAUUCAGGGAGCUGCUGUUCUGCCCAGCCUGGUGCCACGUGGGACUGGCAGGGAAGCAGUUAGCACUGUCAGUCAACCAAGUGAAUCUGAUCCGUCUCAUACUCUAGAAUUACCUGGUUUCUGCAUGAUGUCUCCAAGUGUUACUUCGUAGGUUGCUUUGUUAUUACCAUUUUUAAUCUUUACAAGGUGGUGUCACUGACGGGUGACUGUCCGGUGAUGUACAUCUGUGUGUGAUGUGGGUACUGGAAGGUGAGCUGACACUGACCGUAACUGGAUUGUUGUGACUUGAGGGAGUGACACUGCUCAGCAAGCAGUUGCCUGCUGCAGCCCGAGUGUCAGCAGUGAAAUAAAUGCUUCUGAAAAAUC